CUUGUCGGAAGUAGAGAGGGAGGGACAAAAAAAUGUUCGUCGGGAAACCUAUUGGAACCACGUGGCGCUGAAUUAAUGCCAUAUCUGGUAUUCCGUAACCUGAAAUCGAGUCCGGGAGAAUUUCCCUCCGCGCUUUGCUUUCGUUGAAGGGAAAAUGGCAGCCACCGUUUUGCUCGCGAGCCCUCCAAAUCCAAAUCUAAAUCCCAUUAUUACAAUCGAUUGGGGAAGACAAACACGUGGAAUCGGUUCGUGGAAUUCAUUGUUAUAUUCUUCUUCGACUUGGUGGAAUACCCGCAAUGGGCUUCGAUUCCCUUCGUUAUCUUUGCGUUUCAGUUUCAGGCAUGCCCAUUGCUCGGUUUCCGCUUCUUCUUCUUCUUCGUCUUCGUCUUCGCCCAAAGCUUCAACCAGGCUCUAUGUCAGUGGGCUUUCGUUUCGUACCACAGAAGAUAGUUUACGAAAUGCUUUCCAAAAUUUUGGCCAACUUGUAGAAGUCAAUCUGGUGAUGGAUAGAAUAGCAAACAGGCCAAGAGGGUUUGCUUUCCUGCGUUAUGCAAAUGAGGAGGAAUCUCAAAAGGCUAUCAAGGGGAUGCAUGGAAAGUUUUUGGAUGGCAGGGUGAUAUUUGUGGAAGUUGCUAAACCCAGAUCAGAACUUCGCCAAAACUUUAAGCAAAACCCAAGACAGUAUUGAAGGACUAGAUUGACAUCAUGUUGAAGGUAUUAAUCCUAGAGUGCUGUUUUGCCAAGUUCAUGGCCGCCAAUUCACCCUUCUCCUCGUAUUCUAAUUUGUGAUAUCAAACGCAGUAGUUUUUAUGCAAUUUUCCUUGGAUAUUACUAAGUUUAGUCAACUCUUCUCUCUCGUUGAAAAAAAGAAAAAAAAAAAAAUACAAAAACUACUCUCUCUUUCUCUCCCUAUCUCUCUCACACACAUAUAAUAUGUCAUUCCUACGUGUAUUACUAUUUGUUUUGAGCUCAAAUCAAAGGAUAAUGAUUUUUAAUGCCA